AUGAUUUCUACUGCCGGCUCUACCAAGCCCUCAGGACCCAGAUUUGUGCCGGCAUCCGUGCAAGACCACCGUCGCCGAUCCUCGGACAAGGCCCCAAGGAGUAUAUGGCGGCAUAGGGACUCCUCGGAAAAGACCGUCUCUACACCGGGAAGCCCCCUCUCGGCAUUCCAACGGGUCCGCGACGACAAUGGCCAGGGCAUCUGUCUCGCCGCCGCCCUGAGCACCUGCAGCCUCGCUCCGCGCACUCCGUGCUCAGCAUCAAGGGAGGACGAGGAGCUUCCGGAACAGCCGCCGUCGUCUCGCGCGGCGAGCAGUCUCGGAACGCACAACAUACUCAAGUCCAGGGGGGAUGGCUCGGAUCAACGUUCAUCGAGCCAUCGGCUCUCGCAAGAAAACGAGGUUGCCCCCCUGCAGCCGCUCUACCUCCCUCCCCGGCGCCCGCCCACCCCCGACGGCCUCCCCAACUACGAGCAAGCGCAACAAGAAGCCCUGGCCCGCCGCCGCCGGCAACAGGCGGCGCAACAGACGCGCCUCGCCGCCCCGACCCGGGCAACAACACUUCCCGGCUCCCGCCUGAGGAGGCUGUUCGAGUCGGCACCGCGGCCGCAGCCCAGCCGCGCCGCGCCGCCGGACCCGUACCAGGCACCGCUAUGGCGUCCGCCCGCCAGCCAACAUGCCCUGCCGAGCCACCACCCGUACCUGGCGGCGGCGGCAGCCGCCGCGCAGAGGCCGCCCGGAGUGCCUGGCGGCCCCCGGGCCGUGUCCCUAGACGACUACGCCUUUCUGCGGCAGCUUGACGGCCGGGACGCCGGGUGCACCGGGACAACCGUAGAUGCGCAGGGCAGGCACCACGAGCCUCCACGGCCAGGCCGCGGGUGGUGCUUCUGCUUGCCUCAUGCCUAG